UUGGCAGAACAAAAGUCUAUAAAGACUCUUCAACAUUUUAAAGGGAACUCAUUUGUUGAAGCCGCACAAUGGCUACUGUCAACAUUUCGUUGACAUUAAAAAGUUCAUUGAACUUGAAAGACUUAAACUGCAAGUUUAAUAUCAUUUUGGUAUAACUGCCAUUGAAAGAGUAUCGGAGAACCUGUGAUGCGAAUAAUGUCGAGCUUUGAAAGGGCCAGAUAAUGGAAUUGAAUAUUGAAAAAGUUUCAGCGAACCACAGUUUUGUCUUGUUCUGGUGUAAAAAAACCGAUAGUUCGGGUAUGGGACGAUUUCGUCUGCGCAAAUGAGGCUUCCGUUGCUAUGAAGAUAUCUGUUGGAUCUGUACGAAUUUUGAUAAUCUUAGAAACAGCAAGAAUCUUGACAGCAAAGCAGUUUUCAACCGCGAAUAACACUGUCUUGUGGAAAUUAAAGUUACAGUUAGAAGGUCCAUCAAUGGUGAUUUUAUUCAUGCGAAUGUUGAUAUUGAUUCAAUCAUUUCGGAGGAGCCUGAAUAUGGUUCUAUUGAAAAGCCUGUGAAAGUUUUUCACAUCAUUGAACAUUUUUGUCAAGAAAGAAGAUGAUUCUAUUUGUUUGGAAAAGAUAGCACAAUUCGUCUAGGCUGAUUGAUAGCUGGUUCCGAAUUGGCCAACAUUAAUUUCAAUACCGACAUAUACAGUGGAUAUUUCGCAUCCAGUCAAACAACAACCAGUUACAUGGAGAGAAUAGAAGCUUUGAGACCAAAGUCUCCACCUUCAAAGGACAAGGUCACGAAAUGAGGUCGUUGUGCUUUCAAUUGUGGAGGUCGUGGAAGAAAAAAAUUAAAUUCAGGUGCAUCGAUGUCGAUUCAAAUCUGAUUAUUAAUUUAAUUUUCAAUUUUUUAUUAUAAUUUUACCUGUCAAGUUAUCGCUCCGACAAUUUAUCUGAAUUUAUCACUUUUCAAAUCAAUUGCAGAAAAUACAGUAAAUUUAUUUUGAAAUCGUAAUGACUUAAAUGAAAUGUAUAAUGUUUUAUUUAAUUUAUUUUUUU